AUGGUAGAAUACGCCGCUAAAGCGGUCGAGAAUGGAGGAACAGCUAUUGGUAUCAGAUGCAAGGAUGGAGUAGUUCUUGCUGUCGAGAAACUUGUCACAAGCAAGCUUCUGAAACCGGGCGCAAAUAAGAGAAUAGCAACUGUUGAUCGACACAUUGGCAUUGUCUCCGCUGGACUUGUUCCAGACGGGCGACAUUUCGUUUCAAGAGCCAGGGAUGAGGCCUCCUCAUGGAGAAGGACAUACAAGGGUCCAAUCCCCACUUCUGCUCUCGCCAAUCGUCUUGGUGGCUAUGUUCAGGCUUAUACUCUGUAUUCGAGCGUGCGUCCUUUUGGUGUGACAUCAAUUGUUGGAGGCUGGGAUCCGGAAUCUGAGUUGUCCGUGGACGGUCAAGUCGGGACAGGUCCAAGUUCGGGUGCUGGAGGCAAAGUCGAUGGGGUCAAAGCCGGUGGACCGGGUCUAUACAUGAUUGAGCCAAGCGGUCUCUACUGGGGCUAUUAUGGUGCUGCUACUGGAAAGGGGAGACAGGCGGCAAAAGCUGAACUUGAGAAGCUUGACUUGAGCUCUGGCAACUUGAGUCUGCUCGACGCUGUUAAAGAAGCAGCCAGAAUAAUCUAUGUUGCGCAUGAGGACAGUAAAGAUAAGGACUUUGAGUUGGAGAUGACAUGGAUCAGUUCGCUCGACGGUCCAACCAAAGGAAGGCACGAAGAGGUCCCGAAAGAUCUUCUCGAAGAGGCUGAAAGAGCAGCGAAAAAAGCAUUGGAGGGAGAAGACGAAGAGGAAGAGGAAAGUCAGAAGUCCGAUGACGGCGAACGGAUGGAAGAGUAA